UUCAGUUCUCAGUUUCAUUGACUUCAUCUCAAACUCAGAUGAAACUUUUGGGUUUUUCUCUUCAGUUUCUUUCGCUCUGCUUCAUUGUUUUUUUUUUUCUGUCUGUCACACAGUCUCGGUGCCUCGUGCGCUGCCUCCUCGAGCGCACGGACAGACAGUGGUUUCACGCACGAGACGUUUAACGGACCGAGGAGCAACAGGAGGUCUCCCCCAGUGACUCACACCGGGAACAAGAGGGAUUUAACGGGGACUUUUUAAAGCACACUGCGGCUUUUUGAGGCUUUCUGUCCGGUACUCAUUCAACAUCUGCCCGGUGCUUGCCGACUGGAUCCAUAGUUUGACCCGGGAUAACUGCUGUCUGACCCGGGAUAACUGCUGUCUGACCCGGGAUAACGUCUUUUCUCCAUCAUGCAUCCCUCAGCAGGGAGCCUGUGGUUGUUCUGCAGCCUGAUCCUGGUCCUGGUCCAUCCUGCAGCAGGGUACAAUCUGGAUCAGGAGCACAGUCUGGAGUUCAGUGGCCCCCCCUCCUCCAUGUUUGGAUACUCAGUCUUGCUGCAUCACCAUGGAGCCCACAGCUGGUUGGUCGUUGGUGCCCCAGUGGCUAACUCGUCCUCAAGGCCGUCAGUUCGAUCUCCAGGAGCCAUUUACCGCUGCAACAUCACUGCUCAUUCCCAUCGCUGCCACCCCAUGCAUGCUGACGUGCAUACCUGUGGGAAGACGUGUGAUGCAGAGAGUGAUCACCAGUGGCUGGGAGUCAGUCUGUCCAGACAACCUGGAGACAAUGGAGGACACAUCCUGGCGUGUGCUCACCGCUGGAAGAACGUCUUCUACUCAAAGAAAGACGGUCAGAACCACAAGCUGCCGCAUGGUGUCUGUUAUCGCUAUGGAAGUGACCUGAGAAACGCCCAACCCAUCAUCCCGUGCUACAGAGACCACCGGAGGAAGUUCGGCGAGGAUUAUGGGUCGUGUCAGGCUGGUAUUUCCAACUUCCUGACAGAGGAUUUGAUCAUUAUGGGGGCUCCGGGGACAUCUUAUUGGACUGGUUCGGUCCUGGUCUUCAACACGUCCAGCAGAGGGAUGUCCGUGUAUUUGGACGACGCCGCCUCAACCGUCAGCUUUGGAAGCUACCUGGGUUACGCCGUUGGAGCUGGUCACUUUCUGAGUCCCUCCUCUGUGGAGGUGGUGGGAGGAGCUCCGCAAUACAACCAGAAGGGCAAGGUCUUUAUCUUUGCCGUCGAAAGCUCUAUACUGCAGGUCGUCUCUGAAGUGUCUGGAAAAGAGCUGGGAUCUUACUUCGGCUCCAGUGUGUGUGCAGUGGAUCUGAAUGCUGAUGGUUUGUCGGAUCUGUUGGUUGGUGCUCCGAUGGAAACAGGCGUCACCAGGGAGGAGGGAAGAGUCCAUGUAUACAUCAACCAGGGGCAGGCGAAGCUGUUGGAGGCGGAGUUUCAGCUGACAGGCAGCAACGCCUACGCUGCCCGGUUUGGAGAGACCAUUGCUGACCUGGGAGACCUUGAUGACGACGGUUACCACGAUGUGGCAGUUGGCGCCCCACAGGAAGACGAUCUCAAAGGAGCUGUUUACAUUUACAACGGCAGGAAGGAAGGCAUCUCACCAACUCCAUCUCAGAGGAUUACUGGAUCCACACUGGGUCGUGACCUCAGGAUGUUCGGCCAGUCCCUGAGCUCUGGCAUUGACAUUGAUGCUAACGGCUACCAUGAUGUAGCAGUCGGUGCUUUCCUCUCUGACUCGGCCGUGGUUCUCAGGACUCGUCCGGUGAUUCAGGUCACUGCGUCUCUGACUCUGCCUAAGCAGAUUGACCAGCGGGUGGCGCUGUGCCACGACCACAAGACUCCAGCUGUCUGCCUCAAUGUUACCGUCUGCUUCAGUGUAAACUCCAGACACUUUAAAGGAGCUAUAGAUCUUCAAUAUAAUUUGACCUCUGACCUCCUCCAUAAACCAUCUUUCCCUCAUCGUUUCUAUUUCCAUGGGAACGGAUCAUCCAAUAGCACUAAGGGGCGCGUGAGGGCACGACAUGGCCAGCUCACUUGUACAACACACGUGGCUUACCAAAGGAAAGAUGUGAGGGACAUUUUUACUCCGGUCAAGUUUGAGGUUUCCUACAGUCACAGAGAAACAAACUCCCACAGAGGCUCUCCCAAAACUUUCCCUCCAUUAAAACCAAUUCUGCAGCAGAGCGCAGGACACCAGAACACCAUCACCAACCAGACUUGGUUCGCUCGUUCCUGUUCGCUGGUGAACUGUUCGACCAACAUGCAGCUGUCUGCUCAACUAGUGCUGCCACAUCAGCAGCAGUACUUUCCUCUCGGCUCUGGACAGACCAUCAUGUUAAAAACCUCGCUGCUGAACUCUGGAGACGACGCCUUCCUGCCGAGACUGACGCUGCGUUUCCCCAACAACAUCCAUUACAUUAAAGUGCUGCAGAACCAGGACAAUGUGGUCAGCUGUGAUGUCACACAGGGGGUCAGCAAUACAACGGCAGGUGUUGACUGCAGUGUCACCAGCCUCCUGCUCUCAGCUCACGCCCAGCUAAAUAUCAGCUUCCUAUUGGACGUCAACCAGAACAGCACACCUGGUGACAUCAUCAUUCAUGCCAACACCGAAAGUGAUAACUUUGAGAAGGAGGAGUAUCUCCAUGACAACUCCAUCAGUCUCCCCCUUCCUCUCAAAUAUGGAGUCAACGUAAAUAUCCACGGUUUUGUGACUCCCACUUCAUUUGUGUUUGGCGAUGAAGACACGACUCCAGUUGACUGCUACACUGAAAGAUUCAACUACACAUACACAGUGUUAAACUCUGGUCCCAGCAGGUCUCUAGAUACUGUGGUCGACAUCAGGUUACCAAAGAUCCUCACACCUUACCGACACAGACUGCUACAGGUGGUUGAGUGGCAGACGUCUCAGGGUGUGUGUUCGAUUAGUGACGCAACUGUUUCAGUCGUCGAGGACUGUGACGUCCCUCCAGCUUCCUUCAUCAAACAGCUCGUCUUCUUCUUCUCCUCCACCUCUACACGCAGAAUGUUUUGUGGCCAUGGUGACGAUUUGUGUGAGCGGCUGGUGUGUCGUCUCGGUGAUCUGGAUGUGGGAAAGGAAACUCUCAUCCAACUGGAGAUCAAACUGAACCCUGCUGUGCUUCUGCAAGCUCCGGGUCGUCACGGUGUCAUGAGGUUGGAGAGCAUGGCAAUGAUGUCAAAUCCCAGAGAAAGUCCUCACACAAUCCUCAUCCACGAACAACCUGUAGCAGAGGUGGUGGUGGAGGCUAUUUUUACCCAGAAACCCUCAGCAACAGUAAAGGUCUUUAUCAUUGUUGUCAGUUUAGUUUUGGGUCUGCUGAUCUUGGCUGCUCUCAUCUGGUGUCUGUGGAAGGCUGGUUUCUUUAAGAGGGAGUUCCAGAAGAAGAAGGAGGAAGAGGAGUUCAAGAGGGACAGCUGGGACUAUGUUCCUAAAAACGAGAAACGAGAGAGCACUUCCUAACCCCAACAGCCACCUCUAACCACGACCUCUGACCUUUAACCACAGGAUGGAGUUCACGCGACACUUUCAAUGGGACAUGUCUGCUGACGGAUGGAUGGAGUGCUGUGUAUAAAAAUAUGGCAACCCCAGUUUGGCCCAAAAACAUGGAAAGUGCUGCUGUUGAACAUCAUCGGCCAAUGAAAUCUGUCCACACUGAGUCAGCUGAUCUGACUCAUGACGAGUCAGAGCUGAUGCGAGUGUGACAGAUGAUAAAAUGUCUCAAGUGAACGUCUCCUGACCACACCUGAACCUGAACGUGCCUUUUUAAACUAUUUUUCCGAAUGUGCCUUCACAAAUACAGACAAGCUCAGAGACUAGACAAAAACUGCAGCGAUUAAGAGAGGAUCAGUAAAAAGGGAAAAAACAAAAACAAUCAAAAGGCCUCGGAGCUUCCCGGGAUGCGGCAUCACCUGAGACAGGUGUUGAUGACCGCCGUUUUGACUCUUUCAAGAGGAAACCAAAGGAAGUGACUUUCUGAUGACCUUCGAUCUCAGGGGAUGGAAACCUGGCCUCUGAUUGGCUCAUAGCUCUGGAAAACCUCCCUUUUGUGUGUGUGUGUAAAUUAUAUUUCUACGUUUUUGUUUACCUGCUGACUCACACUUUAUGCACUGGCGACGCACAGAGAGCAGACUCACACUGGAUGCUGUCCGAACAGAAGAGGCAGUCCAGUUAACGGCUGCCUGGUGCUGCUGGUACAGAGCUUUUGAAUCAAGCAUGGAUGCUUUAAUGGAUGCCGAACUCCAUCUCUGUUUUACUCUUCAGCCUUUUUUCACUCUGGGAUUUGUUAUUUUGGUCCCUCUCAAGUCACCGUCACACGCUAAAAACUGCCAUUUUGUAGCAGAAUCACUUCAUUUCAGUGGAGUCACAUGAUCAACGGAUUUGCUCGCAGAGGUGAAGUGAAUCCAUGGAAAUUCUUUUUGGGAAGCUCAGCUUUGGUAUGCAACAAUUUUGACUGAUAUCUGAACCGCCAUCUUCACUGUGCUAACAUUUGGGGGAACGGAAAGCUGCGGAGUCCACUCGCCUGUGAAUCACUGUUGUAAGGAAACCAUUCAGGAAAACUGCUUCGGAAUAACUUUGAACAAUCACCAGGAGCUGCGUUAGCACAACUGGAUGAAGCCUAAAGAAAAAAAACAAGAACGCUUCUUCUCCAAUUUCAUCCUUAGAACAAACAUCAUGUGAAACCAGUGGAUAUUUUUUUACUGUUUAUAAAAUCAGUAAGUAAGACAUUUAUUUUGCUCUGUAAUAAUGAAAUUCAUCCUGUGGGAUUUCUUUAAUAAUAAUAAUAGUACUUAAUUUAUUAGAUCGCCUUUCAAGAUACUUAAAAAUGUGGUAAUUGUAAAAUUUAAAAAGCAUACCACAAAGCAUACCACAGCUUCACUGACUUCAUGCCUUAUUUCCACUGCAUCGUGCCGCUCGCCUCAAUUUUCCGUUCAUUUUUGGUUUUCAGUUUGCUAAAGAUGUGCCUGGUAUUUUUUAGGACCUCAAUUGAGGUUCCAGGUGAGCUGAGACGAUACGCAGUAAAGAGAGAGCUGUCACUUGCACAGCACAGAACAUCCUGCACCAACGUGCAGUUUUCAAAUAGCAAAGCUACCAUCACUAUUAAUGAGAAUUAUUUUUUUCCCCUUGACCCAAAUUUAAGAAGUGGCAGCCCACAAACUGCAGCAGAGGUGCAGAAAUUCCUCUGUUUGGUUGCAGAUCAAGAGAUUCAUCAAUUGCUGGAUGGAGCAACACACACUGUGUUGCUUUAAAGUUAAUGUCACAGCAGUUUUGCGUGCAGGAGGAAACAAAACUGCGAAAACCUGGAACCAAAAAUGAGUCGAGAAGAGUAGAGGUGAACCAUGCAGCGGAAACGAGGCUUCUUCAGGUCAGUCCAGAUAAAAUUCCUCUCGACACUUUGAUUUGUAAAAAGCUUCAAUGUCACCAAAUUCUUCAGUGAACUGCUCCUGAAUUCAGACUUAACUGUCAGUGUGGAAAAAAAACAAAAACAAAUCGAUGCAACCUGUUGAGUAGCCGAGCCACAGGGUUGAAUGAUGAAAGACUACUUGAAGAAAUGUUUGAUACUUUAAAAUAUUCAGAUUCACAGAUUUAACUGUAUUUUGUAAACACGGACAUUUAAAACAGCUGCCACCCUCCCUUCUGUCUAUCUGUUUAGUACAAAUGCACAUCACACAGAGAGAUGUUUUUGAUAUUUUAAUGGUUUGUUUUUGUGAAAAUUGUUCUGCACUGGAGAGUCUCACUGCUUUUAUCAACACUUUUCUAUUAAAAUGAAGGAUUUUCUAUUUAAA